CAAUUAUGGUUUGAGGUUUUAUAUUGUCUGAGGUCAGAGCCUAUUUCACAUGUUUUCUGAUUGGUUGCUUGAGGAAGGGACACUGUUUAAGUACACCCUUCUCAACUUACAAUUUUCUAUUGUAAUCAAAGGAUUUUAAAAUAUGACACAAAUGAGGCUUCUAGCAUUGCUCGCAUGCGUUCUAUCUAGAACGUCUGGAGUUCCGAUCUCCCCAAAUGCUGAUUUGAUGGAAUCAGUCCCAGUGGGAGAUUUUCCAGCACAGGGAACCCCAGUGAAACAGUCCUCAUUGCCUGGAUCUGAGGUAUUGGUACAAGCGCAACAGUUUCAGUCUGGUCCUCAGCCACAUCUGCCCUCUCUGACCAAUCCAUGGGCAUCUCAAACCAACCCCAAUACCGGUCUCAGUCAGCUUCCUGUACAUUUUCAGUACUUACCCUAUCCUCAACACCAGCAACCACAGUUUUUCUAUUAUCCAAUUCUUGGACCACAAUCAAGGAACCCAUCAUUCUCCUACGGAGUGCCUGUUUUCCAACACGCAACAUCUCAACAAUAUCCUGCAAAUGCAGCUCCAGCUUCACAGCCAUUAAUGACAAAACAAAAACAACACACGCCUCCAAACCAGCCUCAACAACAACAGGUUCAUCAGUUUCUUUACAUGGUUCCACAGAUGCAACAGCGAAUGGCCGGACCAUAUGGUGGAUUGAGCUCUGAGGAACUUCAGAACAUGGGACGUAUACAUCAUGUUGACAUGCAAGUGCCUGCACUUAGAGGCAACGUAUUUCCACAAUCUGUUGUACCUGUUGGCCCUUUAAGACCACCCAAUACCUUCCACCCCAGCACCUUUCCGUCAACUUCUGAAGUUCAGCUACCCAGCGUUGUAGCCGUACCAUCCGGUGGAGAUACCAUACCUACGACUGGUGGAUCCCAUUCGAAUAAUGGAGCGCUGCCUAAUAAGAUUGCUAGCAUGCAGGAACGUGACCGAGUGCCAUGUGAUCACAUCCUACCUGCUGAAGACCCCUUAACCAACACUGGAACUUUGGAUUCACAUCAUGGGCCUUUCAUUUCAGCAGACGUGCCCACUGUCCAACCUGAUCCCAAUCACAGUGGUCCUACAUUCCCAACAACAGAACACAAAGAAGCUCUCAUUCCAGCAUCCCCACCACUGCUUUCUGAUACAGUGAACACCAACCCUGAUAUUUUCCCCUAAGACAAAUCUUUACUGCAGGGUUUACACAAAUAUGCAUUUUAUAUCAUGGUAAUGCUUUAUAUAGUGGGUUAAGGCAGCAUAAUGAAAGCCUUUAAGUGUUUUUCAUAGCAAUUCUCAUACUUUUACGUUUUUUUUUUUAUUGUUUAUUUGUUACUAUUUCUUUUUUUCUACUAACAGAGAGUUUUCACUUUGUGUGGAUUAGUUUAUAUGUUAAAAUAUGUUGUUUGAGAUUAUUUCUGUCUUUUGUACUGUGAACUAUGUGUGUGGGCCUCAACAUGUAUAUGUGACUUAUAAUUAAAUACAAAGUUAAUUACAGCUUGAGGCUCCCUCUGUAUUGCAUACAGUAUAACUGUCAUCAAGUGUCAGUAAUUUUAAUAGAUCUGGAAAAAUGUGCACACUUAACCCUUAGAAAAACAAGCUGAGUGAAUA